GCGAAAGCCCCCAAAAAGAACGAGGAAAGAAGAAAGCAAAGGACGUUGGAAAGAAAUCCAUACCGUCAUAUCAUACACACUGAUACCGUCACCCUCCCUCACAGAGUCACAGUCCCUUCAAAAUCCAAUUCGAAAUUUAAACUCCAUAAUAACCUCCACCGGACUGCGCUCAAACCUUUGAAUUCAUCGAGGUUGGUCGACGAUGAUAACCACUCCGUUUCUGAAGGCGUCAACUGCGCCGCCGCCGCAUCCUAAACCCCAGCGCCGCGUCGGCACCGGAUUUCGCACCCAUAGCCGUCUCCUCUUUGGGGUGAAGUGUCUCCACUGCUACCCUGGGCUCACGUUGCGAGCCCGUGCAACUGACGCUGUAUUGAUGUGUGCUUAUGGUCGGGAUACAAUGCCAGAGAAGGUAGAUGUGAGGCCUUUUGCUAGCAUUUCUCGUUCAAGCAAUCAAGAGACAUCUUCAGUUGCUGUUAAUCCACAACCAUCAGUUCCACCUCCUCCGUCAUAUGUAGGGUCACCACUCUUUUGGAUUGGAGUUGGCGUUGGGCUCUCAGCGCUGUUUUCAUGGGUUGCUGCAAAUUUGAAGAAGUAUGCAAUGCAACAAGCUUUCAAGACAAUGAUGGGACAGAUGAAUUCUCAAAAUAACCAGUUCAACGAUACAGCUUUUUCUUCGGGUUCACCUUUUCCAUUUUCUAUGCCUUCAAUGCCAGCUCCUUCAACCUCACCUCCUCCAGUCACUUCUCAUUCUGCUGUUACAGUAGAUGUGCCUGCAACAAAUGUGGAAGCAGCACCUACAACUGUUGUGAAAGAUGAAUCAGAAGUAAAAAAGGAAUCGAAGAGACUCGCUUUCGUAGAUGUUUCUCCGGAAGAAGCUGAGCAAAAGAGCCCUUAUGAAAGUUUAAAAGAUGCCAGUGGAACAAGUUCGUUCAAGGAUGCUCAGGUGGUUUCUCAAAAUGGAGCUGCUUCUGAGCGCAUAGGUGGUUCUGAAUGGUCCCAAGCUACCACUAACCCUGCAGGUUCUGAGUUGUUCCAAUCUACCCGUAACUCCACUGCUUCUGAGGGGUCCCAAUCUUCGGGAAAAUCUGUCAUAUCGGUGGAAGUUUUGGAGAAAAUGAUGGAAGAUCCAACAGUGCAGAAGAUGGUUUAUCCCCAUUUACCGGAGGAGUUCAGGAAUCCUGACACCUUAAAAUGGAUGCUACAAAAUCCACAAUAUCGUCAACAACUUGAGGAGAUGCUGUAA